AUGCGCAACCUCACCACCGGUGCCCCGGCCGAGCUCAUGCUGCUGCACCCGUACCGGCACGCCGACCCCGCCGCCGCGCUGCGCCGCCCGCCCCACGCCCAGGUCUGGCGCGCCUACAUCCGCGGCAAAAAGGUCCGCGCGCAAGACCGCCUCCUUCCCAUAGCCCGCCGCCCCGAACACGGAGCCUCGCUGGCAGACGUCUUGGCCCACGUCGGAGAAACCCCGCUCCCGCCCUACCUCAAACGCCACGCAGAGCCGGACGACGAAGAGAACUACCAGACCGUGUACGCGUCCACGGCCGGGUCCGCCGCUGCCCCGACCGCUGGCUUGCAUAUGACCGAUCGCAUUAUGGAGCGGCGGCGGGAGCGAGGCGUGCAGAUGGAGGACGUCGUGCUGCAUGUUGGCGCGGGCACUUUUGCUCCGGUUACGGCGGAGACUGUCGGAGGCCAUGAUAUGCAUGCGGAGCUGAUGAGUUUGCGCAGGGCCUGCGUGGAGAGAGUGGGUAGGCACGUGGAGAGCCGCAGCCCCAUUUUCGCAAUGUGGACUACGUCUGUGCGCGCGCUCGAGUCUAUGUACUGGUUUAGCGUGCGUUUGCUCGUGGAAGAGGGCGUGGGCGCAAGGGCGACCAUCCAUGUCGGACAGUGGGAGCCAUAUGAGAGGAUGGAUGAGCUUGGCAAGGACGCGCUCCCGACACCGCACCAGGCUAUGCAGGCCGUGUUACAGUGGCAUCGCGAAAUGGAUGUGCCCAUAUUCGGAACGACCUAA